CAAGGGGGGGGAUUCUCGCUCCCACUCCAUUUCAUCUUCCUCCUCUAUUUGUAGUCAAUAAUUCUGGUUUCGCAAUUUUAUUCAUCACAAUGCAAGCCAGGCGACAGCUACUGUCCUCGGCCCAGCGCAUUGCUGGAGCCUCUGGCAGAGCUUCAAGAUCAGCUCUUAUACGACCAGCCAUUAGGCCUUUACUCUCUGGAGCUUCAUCGCUACGUUUACUCCCAACAUCAGCAGUAAGAACAAUUGCCGGUGGGCGUCCUCAGCCCCCCGGAGGAACUCAUAGAAUGAAUAUGGGUGGUGAGCCGGAGAAGCCAGCGCUGGAGCAAUUCGGCAUAGACUUGACUGCCAAAGCUCGCGAUGGUAAACUCGAUCCUGUCAUUGGACGAGAUGCCGAGAUUCAGCGCACAAUUCAGAUUCUCUCGCGGCGAACCAAGAACAAUCCAGUGCUGAUCGGAAAUGCUGGAACCGGCAAGACAGCGAUCUUGGAGGGACUGGCAUUGCGCAUUGUUCGCGGAGAUGUACCGGAGAGUGUCAAAAAUAAGAGGGUGAUUUCUUUGGACCUUGGCUCGUUAAUUGCCGGCGCCAAGUUCAGAGGAGACUUUGAAGAGCGACUAAAGAAAGUAUUGGACGAGGUUCAGAAAGCAGAGGGCCAGGUGAUUCUCUUCAUUGACGAAUUGCACACCCUUCUAGGAUUGGGCAAGGCAGAAGGUUCCAUCGAUGCCUCAAACUUGCUCAAGCCAGCACUAGCCCGUGGUGAACUUCAAUGCUGCGGUGCUACCACCCUUGCAGAGUAUCGUGUUAUUGAAAAGGACGUGGCGCUCGCCAGGCGUUUCCAGCCCAUCAUUGUUAGUGAGCCGAGCGUAGAAGACACCAUCAGUAUCUUGCGAGGCAUCAAGGACAAAUACGAAGUGCAUCACGGUGUACGAAUCACCGAUGGUGCCUUGGUGGCCGCUGCUACCUUAUCCAACCGAUACAUCACUGAUCGAUUCCUGCCGGACAAAGCCAUCGACCUGAUGGACGAGGCUGCAAGUCACCUGAAACUGCAGCAUGAAAGCAAACCUGAAGACAUCAUGAGGCUGGACCAUAAAAUCAUGACCAUUCAGAUCGAAUUGGAGAGUCUACGCAAGGAAAAGGAUAUUGCGAGCAAAGAGCGCCGAGAAAAACUGGAAAAUGACUUGAAGAAGCUUUACGACGAAAUUUCAGAGCUCAAUGCCAGAUGGGAUAAGGAGAGGUCCGAAAUCGAAUCAGUUAAGAAGGUACAGGAGGAACUUGACAAGGCCAGAUUUGAACUUGAACAAGCGCAGCGAGAUGGCGACUUUGCCCGAGCUUCUGAGCUUCGAUUCAGCGUCAUUCCUAAUCUUGAGCAGAAGUUGCCAUCCGACAAAGAGGAGCAACAGGAGGAGGCUAAUGGAACUCUCAUCCAUGACUCGGUGACGGCCGAUGACAUUGGCAACGUUGUCUCUCGCAUCACUGGCAUUCCCGUGUCAAAACUCACAUCAGGACACAUUGAAAAACUGGUCCACAUGGAGGAUAUAUUGCGGGAGUCCGUCAAGGGGCAGGAGGAUGCCAUCAAGGCCGUUUCCAAUGCUGUGCGACUUCAGCGAGCGGGCCUGAGCGGUGACAACCGUCCCUUGGCCUCGUUCUUCUUCCUCGGGCCGACCGGUGUUGGCAAGACGGAGCUGUGCAAGAAGCUUGCCAACUUUCUCUUUUCCACCGAGUCUGCAGUCGUUCGGUUCGACAUGUCUGAAUUCCAGGAGAAGCACACCAUCUCUCGACUUAUCGGCGCUCCAUCCGGCUAUGUUGGAUACGAGGAUGCAGGACAGCUUACAGAGGCGGUUCGCCGCAAGCCGUAUGCCGUUCUUCUCUUUGACGAGUUUGAAAAGGCUCAUCGCGAUAUCUCUGCCUUGCUUCUUCAGGUUCUUGACGAAGGUUAUCUUACAGACGCCCAAGGCCAUAAAGUCGAUUUUAAGAACACCAUCAUCGUGCUUACGUCCAACUUGGGAGCAGAUAUUCUAGUCGGCCAGAAUCAUUUACACCCGUACAAGGAGGAUGCCAAUGGCGACAUUGAUCCAUCGGUUCGCCAGGCCGUCAUGGAUGUCGUCUCAUCAGCUUAUCCACCAGAGUUCCUCAACCGUAUUGACUCUUUCAUCGUCUUCAAGCGAUUAGCACUGAGUGCUAUUCGUGAAAUCGUCGAUAUCCGCCUCAAGGAGCUCCAGCAGCGUCUAGACGAUCGUCGCAUUACUCUAUCUGUAUCAAACGCUGUCAAGGAUUGGUUAGCCGAGCGCGGCUACGAUCCCAAGUUUGGAGCCCGGCCACUGAACAGACUGAUCACAAACGAGAUUAGCAACGGACUUGCCGACAAGAUCAUCAGGGGCGAGCUCAAGAUGGGCCAAACUGCCGAGGUGAGAAUUAAAGACGGCAAGGAUGGACUGGAAGUUGUGAACAUAACGGAGGCUGCUUAAGUCUGCAUUGAGGAAGAGAAAAAAAAAAGGGAAGAGAAAAAAAGCUUUUAUUUGGCUUUUGUAAAUUUUGGUUAAUGUAAUGUUAAAGACGCAUUUUGGGAGGCAUCGGCGUUGGUUUUACGAUUUUGAACGACAAAAAUAAGAAUGUACUAUAUCAUAGGAUGCACAGACUCCUCUCGGAAAAUUUAAAUUAAAUAGUUGAUACCCCGCUUUGAAUAUAUUUCACAAAAAGGCAGUGAUCUCGCGUGAAAAAAAUGCAAUA